AUGUUUCUUCUCGGUACUCAGUUCCACGUGCAUAGCUGUCUUCCAUGGAUUCCAAGGCGCGCACACUGUUCUUCACCAUCUUCAUCAAUCAACAAGAAUUCCAGGAGGUUUAUGCCCGGUCACUUCAGUUGGCUCAAGUCUUCACCAUUACAUCGACAUGGGGGAUGGGAGGUCGACUUUCACAGACUAGCUUUUAAGUCCAAUUCCAACACUAGUAAUCAUGUUCCAGAAAGUUCCAGCGCCAAGUUCAUUUCGACGGAGAAAAAUAAUCAUAGUUCUCACCAGCGUCCACAGGCUAAACAUGUGAUAGAAUACAUGCCGUUGUUCUUGGUACUGAAACUGACGCAUAUGAAGUUUGUUGAUCUGGUGAUAAACGUUGUCCAAGCAAUGGUUCGAAAUGUGCCUCAGACUUUUGGUGGAACAAGCUUGUCGUUUGCUUGUGUUUCGAAUGCCUUGAAUAAACCUACGCCUCUUAAGUUAGAUGUGUCCUUGCCUUCUUUUCAAGAUAUUAGAUGGAACUUAGCUCGGUUGGUGUACUUAUUUAACAUACAACUCGAGAGAAAUGUUGCCACGUUUUUUGUGGUGCUCCUUAUAGCAUGCAUCUCGUUUGUUGCCAUUGGAGGUUUCUUGUUCUUCAAGUUCAGGAACAAUAAGCAAUCUCUGGAAGAUUGUCUUUGGGAGGCCUGGGCAUGUCUUCUUUCAUCAUCUACUCACUUAAGACAACCAACCCGUAUUGAGCGUGUUAUUGGUUUUCUUCUUGCAAUAUGGGGUAUAUUGUUUUACACUCGUCUUCUAAGUACCAUGACGGAACAAUUUAGGAGUAAUAUGCAAAGGCUCAGGGAAGGAGCACAAAUGCAAGUUCUGGAGACCGAUCAUAUCAUCAUUUGUGGGAUGAAUAGUCAUCUUCCUUUCAUACUAAAGCAGCUAGAUAAGUAUCACGAAUUUUCUGUUCGCCUAGGCACUGCCGCUGCUAGGAAGCAGAGAAUUCUUCUUAUGUCUGAUCUUCCAAGAAAACAGAUUGAUAGGAUAGCCGAUAAUAUUGCUAAAGAUUUAUAUAAUAUUGAUGUCCUUAGCAAGAGUUGCUCUCUUAGUUUAACGAAGUCAUUUGAAAGAGCAGCAGCCAACAAAGCACGUGCAAUUAUCAUACUUCCAACUAAAGGAGAUCGGUAUGAGAUUGACACGGAUGCAUUUCUAUCUGUUUUAGCCCUUCAAUCAAUUCCAGAGAUGGCUUCUGUUCCCACCAUUGUUGAGGUUUCAAGGUCCCAAACAUGUGACUUGUUAAAGUCAAUGUCGGGAUUGAAAGUAGAGCCAGUAGAAGAUGUUGCGUCCAAAUUAUUUGUUCAAUGCUCUCGGCAGAAGGGACUAAUAAAGAUCUACCGGCACUUGCUAAAUUAUCGAAAAAAUGUAUUCAAUCUUUGCAGCUUGCCUGAUCUAGAAGGAAUGACAUAUAGACAAAUACGACACAUAUUACAAGAGGCUGUUGUAUGUGGUCUUUACCGGAGCGGGAAAAUAUACUUCCAUCCAAAUGAUUACGAAACUCUGCAGAAAACUGACAAAGUAUUGUUCAUUGGAUCCCUUCAGUAUACUAAAAGGCCACAAGUUGUAAUCCCGAAGGUGAAAGAAGGAAAAGAUGGAAUUCAUAAUGAUGAAUUACUUGAAAAGGAUUUUGAAUAUGCCAUCGAGUUGAGUAAAGUAAGACUUGCUAAUAUUGUGAAACGUCCCAACAGAUCAGGCUCCAAGGCAUCAGACGGGAAUGUGGGGCCAAAAGAAUGCAUUCUUUUACUUGGGUGGCGACCUGAUGUUGUAGAAAUGAUUCAAGAGUAUGAUAACUAUCUUGGUCCUGGAAGUGUUUUGGAAGUUUUAUCAGAGACGCCAUUAAAUGACAGGAUUCUUAGAGAAGCCAACAUCAUUGGCCGUAGCAAACUCAAAAAUGUUCGAGUUUCGCAUAGGAUCGGAAAUCCCAUGGACUAUGGCACCUUAAAGGAAACCAUUUUGAAUAUUCAAACUUCUUUGAAGAAUAAAGAUAUUCCUUUCUCGGUUGCUGUCAUAUCCGACAAAGAUUGGCUUCUUGGGGAUACAUCUAAAACAGAUAAGCUAUCUGCUUAUUCUAUCCUACUUGCUGAAAAUAUCUGUGACAAACUUGGAGUCAAGGUGCAAAAUCUAGUUGCUGAAAUCGUCGAUUCAAAAUUGGGAAAACAAAUUGCUAGAAUCAAGCCAUCGGUGACCUACGUUGCAGCCGAGGAAAUAUUGAGCCUUGUAACUGCUCAAGUUGCUGAGAACAGUGAACUGAACGAAGUUUGGAAAGAUAUACUAAACGCAGAGGGCGAUGAAAUAUAUUUGAAGGAUAUUAGCCUUUACAUGAAAGAAGGAGAGAAUCCAUCAUUUUCCGAGCUUUCUGAGAGAGCGUAUUUAAGGAGAGAAGUAGCCAUAGGUUAUGUGAAGAAGAACAAGAAUGUAAUCAACCCGAAUCCAAAGUCAGAACCCCUCUCUCUUGAAUUAACUGACUCAUUGAUAGUCAUUUCUGAGCUGGAAGGUGAACAGCCCAUAAUUUUGUAA